AUGACAAUCCAACAAGCGCCACAACCGCCCUCAGAGCUUCAGAAGCUCCUGAACAGCCAUCCCAUGUCUCCAUCCUCCACCCAAGACUCCGACCUCCACAAUCUCGCCCUCCAAAUCGCCCACAACCUCCGCUAUCAACACCUCUGGACCGACGUACGCCUGCACACAAACAAGCCCGAGACCUCGCAGCCUCUCUCACGUCCCAUCCUCUCCGGCAUCCCACCUCGCCGACUCUACGUCCACCCGGACGAACAAAUCGAGCUUCUCCAGCAGCAAAAAGACCAAGGCAAGACUGGCAUGCCCGAGCUCGAGCCACAGCGCGAGUGGGUGCUACCCAGCCAUUUACGGGAGAAGUGGACGCUGAGGAGAUUUGGAGCGACGUUUGACGCGAUGGGAACGGAGCAGGGCGAGGGUGAGGGGAAAGGGGAGCUGUUGUUUGAUGCAGAGGAGCGAGCUGUGGAGGACGAGAAUAAGGGCAGUAAGUGGAGGAGCAAUCUGCCCAAGAGACUACUACUUGCCACGUUGGAGGACGAUAGUACGGUUGUGUACUAUAUUGUGCAUGAUGGGAUCGUGAAGCCGAGACAAAACUGA